CGAAAGUCCGCCCGCGUCCAACGCCCAGGCUCAGCGGCAGCUCCGCCCGGGAGUCGGACCAGCGCCCCAGAGUGGACCCUGGGCGCGGUCGGAAAAGCGUUAGCGCCCCGGGGCCACGACCCGGCUUGCUGGAAGGAAACUUGGGGACAUCUGUAAGGAGAGGAAUAGGAAGGACCCGAGGAGAAGCAGUAAAGGAGGGCGUUGUGGAUCCUUUGGAGCCAAGGACUGGAACUGACAUGCAAGACCUCUACCAACUGAGGGUUUCAUGAGCACACUCCUUUGCCAAGAUCUCCAUGAAUAGUCUUCACUGUGCAGUUGUGUCUUAGACAUUGUUUUACUUGUUGUCAUGAUCGUGCUUGGCUGGAUGCUUUUUGUUGGACUUGCGUGUUAUAUGGGCGCAUUUCCGGAGUUCAUGCCUCCAGCUCUGAAGUGGAAAGAGAAGUGGCCUGUUCAGGAGAACAAGACGCGACUGAGGAGCUGGACUUUGGAUGAAGACCCACAGCUCUGAGAACCAUGUGGAAGGGAUUUAAGUAUCCCCCAGGAGGGACCCCGGUGGAAAUAAGCAAAGAUGAUCCUGGUGAAGUAAUGCAGCUCUGAAGCUCACCUGACCAGCUGUACAGUUCCUGUUGUUGGUUUCACAUAAAGUAAUUGCACAUGAUUUUGUCACAUUUUAUGUAAAAAGUUACCGUACUUUUUAAGAUGAAGACUUGGUAUUCUGUUAGCUGGAAACAGGGAGAUGAAGGGUGGGGAGGUAGUUGGGGUGGAUGAAUGUGAUUGGGUCCCCUACAUUUCAGUCUCUAAGACUGACAUUAAGACUAAGAUACCUUAUUCAAUUUGCCCCCUAUUUUGUAUCCUUAAGGAUAGAAAUUCUCUAAAGUUCCUUAGAGCUAGUUCCCAAGUAUAGGCUUUCUCCCGCGUCCAGCAUUGAAAAAAUGUUACAGAAAAGGCUAUUACAGCAACUCUAAGCCUAUCCUUUGGGGAUACUUCUCUGUGGCCUUUUCACAGCUAUUAUCAAAAACCUAAGGCUUACACUGUGUGAGGAAAGGGCUGCAUUUUAAUAUUUGGUGCUUAAUUAUACAUUAUUUUAAUCCUUAUAAUAACCUUCUGGCUUGGCCACUGGCCUCAUUUAACAAAAUGGCAAAAAAAUGAAGUUGAGAGGUUCAGGAAUCUUACCAGCCCCACAGCUCUGGGUUGCAGAGUCAAGAUUAAGAUCCAGACCUUCUCCUUUCAUGUUUCUACGUGCCAAGGAAAAGAGCCAAACAAGAGCCUGGAAUAUCCAAGACCUUGGCUGUCUCUUGGCUCAAAUGCCUCCCUCACCUGAAUAGCCAAGAAGGUGGCUGAUGAUUCUUUUAGCAGUGACUGCUGCUAAUACAGGGCAGCACGCAUAGAAACAAAAGCCAACUGCUCAGUCUCAAUAUGAUUCAGUUUGAGUUUGAGACCAAGGAUGGAAACCUAAGUAUAAGACCCAUGCAGUUAUUCUGAGUGUUUGAGCCUUAGGAUAUUCCUCAUAAGCCCUGUAGAGGUGGUAUGGAAUUUUCUGACCCUGAGAGGGGAGUGGGGGGGAGGGGGGCGAACCUAAUAAGAGCAAGUACUUUUGAAACAAACUGUAUGGAACUUUUCCCAUUCUGUGGCUGCCUGGGGACAACUGAUAGUUCCAUUGUUCAGAAGGGCAUCCUUACCACCAAAGUAGAUCUUUUGGUUAUGCAGGUAACAUUUUGUUGAUGACUAUUUGGUACAUGUUUGCUAAACUAUUUUUAAGUGGCCCUGUGCACUGAAUGGAUUGCCCUUAUUUUUUAUGGAAAGAAACAUGAACUCAAAAUCCAUGAGCAACACUAUGUAAUCCUGACUCUAGGAUAGUAGCAUCUCUUAUAAUACUUCUUAUGUGACUGAGACCCAACGUAUCCCAUCCAGUUAAGUGCCUACAUUCUGGCUGCAUGGCUGUGCCCAUUUGCCUCAUAUAUUCCAAAGGAUUCAUCUUCUCAGUUAACUAUUUCAGGCUCUUUCUAUUAUAGGGGAUCAGAACCUGCUCAUUUUCUUGACAAGAAGAACUAUAUACCCAGUUCUUCUUCCCUCCAGUUUCCUGAAUAUACCUCCAAACAAUUCUAACUUGGGUGUCUGGUAGCAGACCAGCUCUCUUAAACUGGUGGGGGGCGGGGAGAGGUGUCAGUUGUGGGGACUGAGCAGACAUGAAUGUGUCAGGGAGAAUGAACAGAGGUGUGUGUGUGUGUAAGGAGGCAAACCCCAUCUCAAGUCUGAUGAGUCUACUGGAGGUUGUAGCUGGGAAAAUGUUCACGGUGAUGAAAGAGGGAAUAUCUGAGUUUUGGUAAAUAAAGGCAAACCAGUGAAAA